CCAACAAUCCCAGAGCCAAAGUUUUCGUACCUAAUUGCGCACAUGGAAUGCAGGAGCAACUUCAGAUGAAACGGCACAUCAAGUGAAAGCAGGAAAAACAAGAAUUUACUGCGUGAAAAAAGAAGAUACAAUUCAGAAAGGAUGGCAACGAAUGGGAUCGAAACGGAAAACAACGCUGGAAAGAGAGAUGAACAGUGAACUUUGAGUGGGUCUGGUACACGCCCUCCAACACACUGCUCGGUCCCAACGCCUUGUGAACAGUCUGGUAGCGUUUCAGCACCUCAGGGCACAAUGAAUUGCCUGGGAAGUCAGCCUAAACUCAACAGAUCUAAGGAAUAUGCCAGAGACCAGGAGGUUAUCCAAAUAAACCAAGAGAUCUUAGGUAUGGAGGGCGAUCCGGACCUGCAGUUCCUCCUGCAGGGGGGAGACCUCCUCAAGGUCCGCUCCUCGUCCUGGAAGAAGACCCGCUACUACAGACUCAUGGAGGACUGCGAGACCAUGUGGUACGAAUCGAAGAAAACCUUCAAGACGAACCAGAAAUUUUUACUCGAUGACAUCUCAGCAGUGCGAAUUGGCCGUCAGUCAGAGGGCCUGAAGAAGUACACAGAGGAGCAUGUGGAGUGUCGUUGCUUCUCUAUUAUGUUCAAGAGCUGCCGCAAGAACCUGGACCUCGUCGCCAGUUCAGAGGAGGAGGCCAAGCAGUGGACCAACAGCCUGCAGAAAAUGAUCUCCAACCUAAGCAACCUCAACAGCCAGCAGAAGACAGAGCAUUGGAUCUUGAGCUGCCUGAAUAAAGCAGACAAGAACAGGGAUGAUAAGCUGAACAUAUCAGAGCUCAAGAACUUCCUGCAUCUGAUCAACAUCGAGAUGGAUGACGACUACACAGAGAUGCUCUUCAAGAAAUGUGACACAUCCAAAUCUGGAUACCUGGCUGGAGAGGAGAUUGAACAUUUCUAUGACCUGUUGACCCAUCGGGAGGAAAUCGACGUGAUCUAUGGAGAGUACGCUAAAACGACGGGCUUUAUGAGUCCUCAAAACCUGGUGGACUUCCUGAUCAAAGAACAGAGAGAGAAAGCCACACUGGCUGAUGCACACAACAUCAUCCAGAAGAAUGAGCCAGAUGAAAAUGCCAAGGAGAAGAAGCUGCUGUCCAAAGAUGGCUUCCUCAUGUACAUGCACCAUCCAGAUGCCUUGGUCCUCAAUCCAGAUCACAGAGAGGUGUACCAGGACAUGAGCCAGCCCCUCAACCACUACUUCAUCUCCUCCUCGCACAACACCUACCUCAUGGAGGAUCAGCUCCGUGGACCCAGCAGCACGGAGGCUUAUGUCAAGGCUCUGCUGAAGGGCUGCCGCUGUGUGGAGCUGGACUGCUGGGAUGGAUCAGAUGAUGAGCCAGAGAUCUACCACGGCUACACACUUACCUCCAAGAUCCUCUUCAAAGAUGUCAUCAAAGCCAUAAAGGAGUACGCUUUCAAGGUGUCCGAUUACCCAGUUAUCCUCUCCUUGGAGAACAACUGUAGUGUGAAACAACAAGAAGUCAUGGCCCAGCACAUGAGCUCCAUCCUGGGCAGUGCUCUCAUCACUUCCCCCCUGGGGGAUGGCAUGCCCAUAAACUUUCCAUCUCCUGAGGAGCUGAAGGGGAAGUUCCUGAUCAAAGGGAAGAGGUUAAACAAACUGGAGGCCAGCUUUGCUCCUGAGGGGGAAGAAGAUGAUGACACGGACAUGACAGAGGAGGAAGAUGAUGAGGAUGAACAUGAGGAAGAACAAAGAAAGAAGAAAAAGAAGCUGAAACUAGCGAAAGAGCUGUCCGACAUGGUGGUCUACUGUAGGAGCGUCCCCUUCCACAGCUUUGAGGACGCAAGAGAAAACCAGAGCUUCUACGAGAUAUCGUCCUUCAAGGAGGGAAAGGCUAUGAAGCUGGCAGAGGAGUCAGCUAAUUCCUACAUCCGUCAUAACGUGGACAAGCUGAGCCGCGUCUAUCCAGCAGGCUCCAGGGCCGGCUCCUCCAACUACAACCCGGUGCCUCUGUGGAACGCUGGCUGCCAAAUCGUGGCCUUAAACUUCCAGACAACCUGCACAAACAUGGAUGUUAACCAGGGUAGAUUCCUGGUUAACGGAAAGAGCGGUUACAUCCUGAAACCGGCCUUCAUGAGGGACAUAGACACAGAGUUUGACCCCAUCACCCUGACCCGAGGGGACUGGCUGAAGCCCAAGACGCUCCAUGUCAUGGUUAUAUCUGCCCAGCAGCUCCCCAAAGUGAACCAGAAGGAAUCUUCCAUUGUGGACCCGCUGGUUAAAGUGGCGGUGUACGGAGUGGCGGCUGAUAAUGCUGAGAAAGAGACCAGCUAUGUUGAAAACAAUGGUUUUAACCCAGAAUGGAAUGAAACCUUCCAGUUUGAUGUGUACGUGCCAGAGCUAGCACUGGUGCGCUUCACCGUUGAAGACUAUGACUCCGUGUCUGACAAUGAGUUUAUUGGGCAGUACACACUUCCAUUCAACAGUUUAAAAAUGGGAUACAGACAAGUGCCUCUGCUCAAUAGGAACGGAGACGUCCUCCCCUCAGCUGGACUCUUUGUACACAUCAUGGUCCUCGAUGCUGAGUAAGACGUCACCGACUGGCAUGUGCCUCUGAAGACACGAGGACCUCCAUUACACAGCCGCAUUUCAGCUGUUUUUAAUUGUAUUUAUUUUAUUUGCUCUAUAGUUUUAGUUCAUGAUUAACUUAUUUUCUUAAUUCCAGUAGUUUGAGCAGCUAUUCUUAAAGUCAGAUAAAGACCACAUUCUUGUACAGAAAAAAGAACUCCAUCUGCAACUGGAAAUGAGUUGUAGUGGGAGGAGGACAUAUGUACAUACACACUAAGUUUGCUAGACUUUAUAAUGCCCCAUAUGAGUCCCAUUACAGGGACUAUUAUACAAACUUUUAAUUGGUUUGUAUGAGUUCCACUAGUCUUAUACCACGAUCAGUUUGCGAUGGCAUUGGAUUUUUUUUUUUAAGACAGCUUAUGUCCCUCAUUUUUGGUCAGUUAAUGUAUUGUCUAUUUAAAUCUUGUUAUUUUAAUGACCAUUUCAUGAAUUCUGGAGAAACAUAAGCCAACGUGAAAACUAAUGUGCUUCGUCUUUAUCAGUAAUUAAUUAGUCAUCAAGUAUGAUUAUUUUUCAUGUGACAUCAUCACGACUACUUCUUUUUGUAAAUCAAGAUGAAGAUGAAAAGUUUUAAACAUGAA